AUGGUCUUCCAUAGAAACGCGUACCGUGGGCCAUCUCGAGAAGACGCGCUAUACGGUGGGUCAUAUCGGGCACAUGGUAGAUACCCGACUCCCCCAGAUACGAUAAGGAGCGAUAGUUCACCUCUCUUGCCUUAUUAUGACUAUUCAUCCGUUACUAGUCAAAAUCAUCAUAUGGCCAAAAGAGCUGCUCAAGCUUGUAAAGACAAACGACUCCGCAGCUCCAAAAUUACAUACGACCCGGAUUUGCGAAAGGACCCAUCAAAAGGCUCAAAACCCAUAUACAUCUUUACUGACCGCGACCGAGGGCUUUGUGAGGACCCACGACCAAAAGCGCUCCAAAAGAUACCAAAACUACUGCGGCGCCCCCACUCCUCUUUACUCAUACCCAAGUAUAAGUACGAUAAGUACUCUGUGGGCCCCGAGCCAUCGUCGCAACUUGUCAUCUGGAACUUUCCAACCACAACUCCGCUCGUGAUCAUCAAAAAUAACUUCGCUCAAUUUGGUAAAAUCCUGGAAUUGAAAGGGAUUGACGACCCCUUAACGGCAGUCCCACUGGGUAUAUGCGUGUUGAAGUAUGAUGGAGAUCCAGAUUCAGCACAUCAAGCGGCCACCAGAGCCGUCGCGGCAGUGCACAAAAAGUUGCAGAUAGGAGGUCAGUACCUGCGAUGCGGACUCAACAACAACGAUCAACUGUUCAACAUUAUCUACAAUAGAAUUCUUGACGCCAAACAACAGCAGCUAAUCAAAGAAAAAGAAGAACGGAGACGCCAGCAGGAACUGCAAAUGAUGCAGAAACGAGACGAACAAAAGAGAGAGAGGGAAGAGCAGAGACGCGAGCGAGAAGAACGCAAAAAGCUCAAUAGGUCAAGUCGAGAUCAGCUGCCCGUGAAGCUCUCAGCUCAUGACCGUCAUGUGAGAACUUUGUCCUCGGUCACUCUUCCGUUCAACUUCGAUAAGCACAUUGCAAAUAGGCCAUUUCUUCUCAUUCCGGAUAAGUUUGUCAACACGCGCAAUGUUAAUUCCUCAGAUAUACGAAAACUUCUUUCUGGGCAUGAGUUUGAUCGGAUCUUAACUCAUAAGUCGGGCUUCUACGUCGUGUUCAAUAAUAUCGCAGAUGCCGAAAAAUGUUUUGACGAAGAAGACGGAAGACACUUCUCGAAAUACAAAUUAUAUAUGGAUUUUGUUGUUCCUGAUGAGCUGAUGAGUCAGACAAAGAUUGGUGAAAGAAUCGGCGAGACUGGACAAGCAAAAGCGGUGCUGAUCAGAGAAUUUCAUGACUACCUGCUCAAAGAUUUGAGAGAGAAAGUAAUUGGCCCGAAGCUGCUUUCUUUCUUGGAUAGCGACAAGUACAAAUCAGUUUUAGAAAAGCAUUUGAAGGAAAAAGAGGAUAGCAAAGAAACUAAACCAGACGCUUCAAAGGGGCCUGCGGGUGUUUCUUCAUUCACCGUUCAGCAUCAGUCUAUCCCGAUAUCAACGUUAUCUACUUUCAGGCGGAAGCCUGUGGAGAAAAAGUACAAACGUAAGAUUAAUGCUGUUCCUAUGGCUCACGCGCUCAACUAUUCUGACAACGAAUCAGAGGACGAGGACCAGAACAAAUCUUCCAAGAAGCAAAAACUGCUUGCCAUAGAAUCCACUUCUUCUUCGGACGAGGAAGAUAUGCAAGAGCUUCCAGAAUCUAAAGCCACUUCCCAGCCAACUUCGCCUGAGUCACUGGAUCGUCAAAUUGAUGAAUCUGAGCCUGAUCAGAAAAAAGAUCUUUUGGUCAGUGAGCUCUACAAGCCUUCCCAUGAUGUAGGAACGACAGUUUAUGAUGACGAUUACAGCAAUAUGGACUUUGACUUGAACAGCCUGCAAGCAGUUAUUCAUGAUGAAGAGGAUUUUGUGUUCGCAAAGAAAGCAUUCGAAGAUCUACCAAAGAGCGAGGAGAUCAAAAAUGUCAAACUCUGGGCAUGGAAACACAAAGAAUACGCGAAAAAAAUCAAGCAUCUAAGCUCAAUGGCCGAGACAAGCGCAGAAGAUGCGGAAGCUAUUGAGUUUUCACAAGCAAUUUUGAAAAAUGAUAAAUUGCAAAAUUCAACUGGCAGCUUCCGCACUCAGGGCUACUAUAAAAUACCUGAUAAGAUGAAGAGCGAGUACCUUUUGCAUCGCCGAAAAGCUCACAGGCCUCUGAAUACUGUUCAAAACGAAGACGAGAGUGAGACGCAAGCAGUUCAGAGUUCUAGGGUCAAUAGAGCUAAUAAUCGUCGGUUUGCGGCUGACAUCAGCGCCCAAAAGCAGAUGUUAGGCUCUGAAACAGAUAUUUUGGAUCUGAACCAGCUCACGAAACGGAAAAAACCUGUCCAGUUUGCCAGAUCUGCUAUCCAUAAUUGGGGAUUGUAUGCUUUAGAGCCGAUUGCUGCGAAAGAGAUGAUUAUAGAGUAUGUCGGAGAGCGAAUUCGGCAACAGGUGGCUGAAGUCAGAGAAAAGAAGUACCUUCGAUCAGGCAUCGGCUCAUCCUACCUCUUCCGUAUUGAUGAAAAUACCGUUAUCGAUGCAUCCAAGAAGGGAGGCAUAGCUCGUUUCAUUAAUCAUUGCUGCGUGCCUUCCUGCACAGCGAAAAUCAUCAAAGUGGAAGGAAAGAAAAGAAUUGUUAUUUACGCUCUACGCGAUAUUGCGGCCAAUGAGGAGCUCACUUACGACUACAAAUUCGAAAGGGAGACCAACGAUGAGGAAAGAAUUCCAUGUUUGUGUGGGGCCCCAGGCUGUAAAGGGUAUUUAAACUAA